AUGUCGGUCAAAUUCCUUCCGAGACUCCAAGAGAAAGCAAUCCCGACAAGUUUGAUCAUUACCGGCACUCACCUUGCUCUGAUUCCGGCAGUGACUUUACCAGCAUACUCUGCUUCCAAGGCAGCUCUUCAUGCCUUUAUCUACUCUCUGAGACAACAACUACAAGGGUCUAGCACUAAGAUCGUAGAGAUCUGGCCUCCCUUAGUGCAAACCGAAUUGCACGAUUACAUGGGCGAGGAGAAAGGUCGAUCGAUGGGAAUGCCUGUUGACGCGUUUACCAAUGAGACAUACAAGCAACUUGUUUCGGGCACUGAACAUAUUCUGGUUGGCUCAGUCGGCCUGGAAGAACCAUUCCUGCAGUUGGUAAAGGCAAGACAGAAACAGUCGGAUGAUCUGUCAAAAUUCAUGCUCUCACACCCCUAA